UGGUGCCACAAAAAUCACUGGUGAAGAGUGGUGGGAGCUCAGUGAUCAGUGCAAGAUGAAGGUGAUUCUGGCUCUUCUGGUGGCUGCCAUUGCAUGCAUGGAAUUUGUGCAAACCUUGCAAUGUUACACCUGCAGUGAACCCACUCCUGUUGAGAAGUGCCAGAGCAUCCGGAACUGCACACAGAAUGAAACCAUGUGCAAGAGCACGAUGUAUUCCGUGGAGGAUGUUUAUCCCUUCACAGGAGUCUCCACUGUCACCAGGAUGUGCUCUGAUGUCUGUGAACCAUCAGAUGUGGAUGGGAUUGGGAUGACACGUCCUGUCUCCUGCUGCUACAGUGAUUUGUGCAACUCUGAUAGUGCAGCAAGUUUGAGCGUCAGCUGUGGGCCAGUUGGGAUGCUGGCAAGUUUCCUUUGUGUCCUCUUCUGGACUAGACUUUGA